AUGGCGGGCAGAGACAAGGCAUCGAAUCAACUGGAGGAGUAUAAACGGGCUAAGGGGAGCACAGACACCUUGACAACCGGUAUCGGCUCCCCGGUGGGUAACAAAACAGCCUCAAUGACUGUGGGGCCACGCGGUCCCCUGUUGAUGCAGGAUUUCGUAUACACUGAUGAGAUGGCACACUUCAAUAGGGAGAGGAUCCCAGAGAGGGUGGUACAUGCAAAAGGGGGAGGUGCGUUUGGAUACUUUGAGUGUACUCAUGAUGUCACCAAGUACACAAAACUCAAGCCAUUUGAGUUUGUCGGAAAGAAGACGCCAUUGGUUGUUCGAUUUUCUACUGUCGGAGGGGAGUCAGGCUCCGCAGACACGGCACGUGACCCUCGAGGGUUCGCUGUGAAGAUGUACACGGAGGAAGGGAACUGGGACAUUGUGGGCAAUAAUACACCCAUCUUCUUUAUCCGAGACCCACUCAUGUUUGCGAGCUUCCUUCACACACAGAAGAGGAACCCACAGACUCACCUGAAGGACAUGGACAUGUUUUGGGACUUCAUCAGCCUGCGACCAGAGACAACCCACCAGGUGUCAUUCCUCUUCUCAGAUCGGGGCACGUCAGACGGUUACCGCCACAUGAACGGCUACGGAAGUCACACGUUUAAGCUCGUCAACAAGGACGGUGAAGCCGUAUACUGCAAGUUUCAUUUCAAGACAGACCAGGGCAUACGGAACCUGUCUGCUGAGCAGGCUGCACAGCUGGCCGGCAGUGACCCCGACUUUUCGAUACGUGACCUCUACAACGCCAUCGCCGAUGGCAAUUACCCCUCGUGGAGCCUCAAGAUCCAAGUCAUGACUUACGAGCAGGCUGAGCAGUUCCGCUGGAACCCCUUCGAUCUAACUAAGAUCUGGCCCCAAGGGGAGUUUCCGCUGAUUCCUGUCGGCCGAAUGGUGCUGAACCGCAACCCCAACAACUACUUUGCCGAGGUAGAGCAGGUUGCCUUCAGCCCAUCCCAUAUGAUCCCCGGGGUAGAACCAAGCCCCGACAAGAUGCUGCAGGGUCGACUGUUUUCAUAUCCGGACACCCAUCGACACCGCCUGGGUUCGAACUACCUGCAGAUUCCUGUAAAUUGUCCGUACAACGCUCGCCUGAGGAACUACCAGCGAGAUGGACCACAGACGGUUAAUGAUAACCAAGGAGGUGCGCCCAACUACUUCCCAAACAGUUUCAGUGGACCAAUUGACGACAAGAAAUGGAUGGAGCAUAUGGACAAGUAUUCCAUCGGGCAGGUUGGCCGCUAUAAUACCACAGACGAUGACAACUUCACGCAAGUGGGCACAUUCUUUAACAAGGUCCUCUCGCCUGCUCUCCGCGAGAAUCUAACAUCCAACAUUGCGGGUCACCUGAUUGGGGCACAAGAUUUCAUUCAGAAGCGUGCCAUCGGCAACUUUGCCAGCGCCGACCCAGUUUACGGACAGCUGAUACAAGAGAAGAUUGACAAGCUCAAGGCACAGAAACAGGUUACAAGCGUGUCAGCACAGUCAAACAUGGGAUGA